AUGAGUUCCAUGCUGGUCCAGGCCAUCAGAAACCUCCCUGUGUCCUCGGCAUGGGCUGCCCGGGGCUUUGCUCGGUCGCUCAGCUGCUCUUCACAGUUACAAGCUGCAGUCCAGCCUAAGAGUAAGAAGACCUUAGCCAAAAGUGGUGUAAAGAAUAUUGUGGUGGUGGAGGGUGUUCGUAUCCCAUUUUUGCAGUCUGGCACCUUGUACGCGGAUCUUAUGCCACAUGACUUGGCAAGAGGAGCACUGCAGGGCUUGCUGAACUGGACCAGUGUCCCAAGGGAUGUUGUUGAUUACAUUGUUUAUGGCACUGUUAUCCAGGAGGUGAAAACAAGUAAUGUUGCCAGAGAGGCUGCCUUGGGAGCUGGUUUCUCUGACAAAACUCCAGCCCACACAGUCACCAUGGCUUGCAUUUCUUCAAACCAGGCAAUGACCACAGGCGUGGGGAUGAUUGCGGCUGGACAGUGCGAUGUCGUCGUAGCAGGGGGCGUGGAGUUCAUGUCAGAUGUUCCCAUUCGUCACAGCAGGAAGAUGAGGAAGACUAUGCUGACUCUUAACCGAGCAAAGACCUUGGGCCAAAAGCUCUCCCUGAUUUCCAGAAUUCGCCCUGACUACUUUGCUCCUGAGCUGCCAGCUGUGGCAGAAUUCUCCACCAGUGAGACCAUGGGGCACUCGGCCGAUCGUUUGGCCGCUGCCUUCGGCAUUUCCCGUUUGGAACAGGAUGAAUAUGCCCUCCGUUCACACACCCUGGCUAAGAAAGCCCAGGAUGCAGGUUGGCUCCUUGACGUGGUGCCCUUCAAAGUGCCAGGCAAAGAUACAGUUACCAAAGAUAACGGGAUCCGUCCUUCCUCAAUCGAGCAGAUGGGCAAACUGAAGCCAGCUUUUGUGAAGCCCUAUGGAACUGUCACAGCUGCCAACUCCUCCUUCCUGACAGAUGGUGCCUCUGCAGUUCUGCUUAUGUCUGAGGAGAAGGCUCUGGCGAUGGGAUACAAACCAAAGGCCUACCUGAGGGACUUCGUGUAUGUGUCCCAGGAUCCAAAGGACCAGCUGCUGCUGGGACCAACGUACGCUACUCCCAAAGUGCUGGAGAAGGCUGGUCUAACCAUGGCUGACAUCGACGUCUUUGAAUUCCAUGAAGCUUUUGCUGGGCAGAUACUGGCUAACCUGAAGGCCAUGGAUUCUGACUGGUUUGCACAAAACUAUAUGGGCAGAAAGUCAAAGGUUGGAGCCCCUCCUCUGGAGAAGUUCAAUAACUGGGGCGGGUCCCUCUCGCUGGGACAUCCUUUCGGUGCCACCGGUUGCCGUCUGGUCAUCACUGCUGCCCACAGACUGCAGAAGGAGGGAGGACAGUAUGGCCUGGUGGCUGCCUGUGCUGCAGGAGGGCAGGGGCACGCAAUGAUCGUGGAGCUUUACCCUCAGUAA